GGGUAUUUUCCCCGCUUCAAUUACCUGGUGGAUGACCUUCGUGCAUCAGUUCCUGAGGCAGUGGUCAAAGGUCAAGUUGGUAGAACAGCUUCAUUUGAAGUAUUCCUAAAUGGCCAGUUGUUGUACUCCAAACUGGAGAAUGGUAGAUUUCCAAAUAAUUUUGAGAUUGUCGAUGCCAUAAAGAAAUACAGCGGGGAGGGAAAUGUCAAAUCUAUUGCAAUCAACCAGACAAGGACUUGCAGUCUUCUGUAAAAAGAAAACCCAAAUGGCAAAAUAAUUGGAUGUACACAGCACUAUACAGACACUAGCCACAAUGCUAGACUUGUGGACAGGUCGUUAAGGGUCUGCCACUUUGAGAUAGUCGAGUUGUGUGUUCUCAGUUGCUCUGCGAACUGCUGGCUGCCGACUUCUACUAAUUGGACCGUAGUCGUGAGAGCUGUAGUCUCGCGGGGCCAGCAGUCUCGCGAGAAUAUCGCAGGGAGAUUGGAAUAGAGUC